AUGCAGAGUCCCAUUAGGGAUACCGGAUUAUCUGUCGCUUAUGAGCCUGACAAUGGCGAUUCAGUUGUAGACAUCCUUUUCAUACAUGGCCUAGGCGGGCACCCUCGCAAGACAUGGACUAGUUACAGAAAAGACCUUGAGAUACAAGAGUCACCAUCGAGUACUGACCAAUCAAAUAAGAAGCGGCGGAGGAACGUUCUCAGUCGGGUGUCUAACCAUCUUCACCGGAUCUCUUCAAAAGGUGCUCCAGCAUCUGAGCUAAAGAUAAAUCACGUCACAUCAGAAGAAGCCCGCGCCGCCGACCCCACCACAGUAUUUUGGCCGGUUGAACUUCUUUCUAGGGAAUGUCCAAACUCACGCAUUCUCAUGUUUGGCUACGAUAGCAAGGUUACUAAGUAUUCAACUGGUGGGAUUAGUGAGAAUAGUAUCUUCUCACAUGCCAAAGAUCUCCUCUUUUCGCUCUGUCGUGAAAGGACCCUUCAUCGCCCUCUUAUAUGCGUAGCUCAUAGCUUGGGUGGCAUUAUCGUCAAGGAGAUGCUGUCUAGGUCUUCAUCGUCCACAGAAAGCGAGUAUCAAAACAUCAUCGAAUCGAUCGCGGCGGUAAUCUUCCUUGGCACCCCACACCGCGGGAGUGUGGAUAUCGCGGCUAUUGGUGAAUUAGUUCGUUCCCUUGUCAGCGGUCUCGGGAUAGCGACAACUCCCGUUAUUUUGGACUCUCUUGGCCUGAAGAACACAGAACUCGAGCGAGCGCAGGAGGACUUUUCUCGCCUAUGGCAAAUGUAUGAUUUCAAGGUCAAAACCUUUCAAGAAGGGCUCAGUCUCGCCAAGUUAGGAAGGAAGGUUGUUCCUGAAUACUCUUCGCUUAUUGGAAAUGACCGCGAACAUGCGGAGACGCUGCAAGCCGACCAUGUGCAGAUGUGUCGAUAUUCCGGAAAGGAAGAUCCAAACUACCGCAAAGUCGCCGGCGAGAUCUGCUCUAUCUAUUUUUCAAUCAUGGCACUGAACCAAUCCAAGCCUCUAAUUACCCGGGAAAUACCGAUUCGCAGCCAACCGACGAGGAAGGAUUUGUGGUCCCGGAAUCCCGGAAACGACCUUGAGGGUCAAUGCAAUAAAGCUUUCCUCCAGUCACUGUGGUUUCCGGUCAUCAAUAGCAGAUACGAUGGUCUAGAAAACCCAGCUGCACAAACUUGUCAGUGGCUUUUCGAGCAUGAAUCAUUUCAAGAUUGGCUUAGCGGUAAGAGCCGUGGAAAGCACCAAGGAGUUCUUUGGCUUAGGGGUAAACCUGGUUCAGGAAAAUCAACAUUGAUGAGAGAGGCAUUCCGUCGAGCAACCCUAAGGCAAGCAAAAGCUUCGUCCUCAGAGCAAACAGCAGCCUUUUUCUUUAACGGCAAAGGCAAUGAGCUUGAGCAUUCAGUCGCUGGGCUUUUCCGGUCCUUGCUCUAUCAGCUUCUUCACAAGGAUCUAUCUUCCCUUCAUAGCUUCCGGGAGUACUGGAAUGGAAAGUUCAACCGUGAAGCGGGUCUUACGUCAGACCCUCCCUCGUGGACAGAAGCUGAGCUCAGAACUGCUUUUGAGUCGGUGAUUAUGCGACAAGUGGGGAAGAAGAUGUUUAUCUUCAUUGAUGCUAUAGACGAAUGUGACUCAAAUAGGGUGCGAGAUAUCACCUACUUUUGGCGCAAGAUCACAAGGUCAGCUUAUGUUGCUGGGAUCUAUCUAAACGUCUGCUUAUCAAGUCGCCAUUUUCCAACCAUCGCCAUCAGAGAUUGUUCAGAAAUCAUCAUGGAACAAUAUAACAGCCGCGACAUUGCAACUUACCUGUCACAGAGAUUCGAGGUUGGUCCGGCCAGCCAGGAUGUGCAAUGGCAAAGUUUGAAAGACAAGAUCAUGGAAAUGUCAGCAGGGGUCUUCCUUUGGGUCGUUCUAGUGGUUGAUGACCUCCUUCAAGGCUGGGACGAAGGCCGGAGUGUUGGAUACUUGACCAACCGGGUUGAGAGAGUCCCCCAAGGCCUUGAGAAGCUGUUCUCUCAGAUGUUCUCCAAUCUCAGUAACGAGAUGAGCGAAAUUACUGUUAAGCUAUUCCAAUGGGCCACUCUGUCAACGAAACCACUUCGUCUGCACGAAUGGCAUCACAUAAUCGGAUUUAUCCAGCAACCUACUCCUGCAUCACUUAUGGAGUGGCGGGCUUCAGAUUACUUCACAGCGACUGAUGACCAACUAGAAAAGCAAAUCAGGACAAUCUCUCUGGGUCUAGUGGAAGUGACAAAAGAGAGAGCGACACCACUGCGAGACACGGACUUUGAGGCAAUGUCAGUAGAUGCUGGCGCAGGAUCUCUAAAUCUCGAGGCUGGCGAUAGUCGGGUUGUCCAGGUCAUUCACGAGUCGGUACGAGACUUCUUCUUGAAAGGGAAUGGGUUUUCUGUGCUAAACCCGAGUCUUAUCAUACAUCCUAUUGGGAAAGGGCACUUGUCUAUAAUGGCUACCUGCCUGGACUAUGUGAACAUUGAGGAGCUCGAUGCUCUGGUAGGAGCUCGACAACAAGUCAGCCGACAGGAAAGGAGUCUGAAAGGGACAGAAAGCCCAAUACCAUCAGCCGAGUCAAACGCCAUUUUGUCCGCCACUCCCCGGUCUGUCGAAGAAAAGAACAACCAUACACGUGACUGGAUAGCUUUACAUUCACACACACAAAUAGUAUUGAACGGAGACGAAGAUGCUGGGUCUGUUGCACCGAGGUCACCCGAGUUAUCUCCUGCCGUGGAUGUAGCUCAAUGGUUGGAAGAUACCUCACAUCCCACAGCCCAGUCGAUCCAUUGGAGAGCGACCACACACUACUCAGUCACAGGUUCCUCUAAUAUGAACCAGUCCCAGAUCCUGGAGGAUUACCCCGCGCUACUUUCAUAUGCCACAUUUGCCAUGUUUAGCCACGCCCUUCUGGCUCAUAACGACGGGGUUAAUCCCACUAGAAUCAUUAACCGUUUCGGUAAUAAACAUAUAUGGGCUCGCUGGAGAGCAUUAAGAGAGGAUAUGCCACGAGAGAUUGAACUUCUCGACUACCUCUUGGAAAUGGGCCUGUCGUCAUGGGUCAAUCUUUUGUCCAAUCACGAGAUUUAUCGUGAACAACAACAGGGUGCUCUUGAGAUUCCUCUGCCUUUUAUGUCAACUACAUCGUCUUCUGAAUACUCUCUUCGAAGGGAUGCAGACACAGAAAGUAUCUAUUCUAUCCAGGAGAUGGCAGAGACCGCGCAUAAAGCUCUUAAGCACCAUUCUCCCGAUCGUCCAAAUUUACUUUUUCGGACCCCUGCACUUACAAGUCUCAAACGUGGACGGUCUCCAUCCAUCACUUCUAGACGACAAUCCCCGACAAUGUACAGUUAUAGUCUACCGAAUGGUCACAACCCUUCAAGAGGCACGAGCCCUCAAAGCUUUAGUCUUAUGCCAAGAAGACGAGAAAGUGUCGCCAGUUUUAGUUCUGCCGGCAGUCACGAUAGUCGGGUGCUAUAUCCAAGGAAGACCAACCCAACACCGCAAGUUGACCAGAAGGGUCUUGAAGUAUGGCCUAAACCAAAAGACGAGGCAUUUUUCAUGUGUGAAUGCUGCCCUAAGAAGCCCAAAAGAUUUACGACAAUUGAAGAUUUGACCAUGAGUGUUCCUUCUGCGGUAACAGAUUCAAGAAUAGAAACGAAGCUGAGCGACACCAAAAUUCCUUACAUGUACGCCUUCAUUCCUGGUCCUGCUCAAAUCUGUCAGGAUAUAAUCGCACCUUUUCGGAGUCUGAUGUACAUCCUGGACAGUGUGACACAUGUGGAUUUUGCGGCGAUGAAUUUUCACGUUCCGGUCAGGGUGAUGGACAAACUAAGUACACCACAGAUCAGGAUUGGGAUGAACGGAUAA